UUUGACUUUGACAAAUCUUAUUUGACUUAUCUGUGAUCCAAAUUUGCAAUCCCUAACAUUUGGUGGUUUCCGUUGCGAUCUUUUUUUCUUUAUUACUUUUCAUCAAUUAGGUACUUCACCUUUUUAAAUUUUAUCACCUUAUUUAUAAUCACCUUAAUAUCAAUCCGGCAUUCAAUUGUAAAAAAUGUACAGUGAUAGUGAAAGUGACUUGGAGUUGGAAGUGCUAGAACAGCUUUCAGAUUGGGAUGAUGACGAACUUCUUCCGGCGCCUCGUAAAAGUUUUACGCGGAUCAACCACUUGCGUUUACUAAAUGAAGCUGAAUUUACAUUUAGAUUUAGAAUCAAUAAAACUGCGGUAGAGUCACUCUUAUCAGAAAUUAUGCCAUUUAUAAAAGUAACCUCAAAGCGAAAUAAUGGGGUUUCACCGCUUCACCAGCUAUUGCUGACUCUUCGAUUCUAUGCAUUAGGCACAAUGCUUAUUGCUGUAGGAGACUUUGUAGGGGUGUCAAAGUCAACAGCAUGCAGAAUUGUUCAAAAUAUAUCGAAAUCAAUUGCAAAGUUAUAUAACAAGUACAUUUAUAUGCACCAAAACAGUGUUAAUAAGUUUUACCAAAUAGCCCAUUUCCCACGUGUUCUUGGUGCAAUAGAUGGUACUCAUAUACGUAUACAAUCUCCAAUGCAAGCAAUCGGUGAAGAAUUCAGGAAUAGAAAAGGUUACUUUUCUUUAAACGUUCAGGCUGUAUGUGAUGCAGAUUUGAGACUGAUGAAUGUAGUAGCUCGUUGGCCUGGUUCUGCACAUGAUGCUACUAUCUUUAACAAUUCUGUUUUGAGAGCUCAGUGUGACAUUGGGACCUUUGGCAACCGCUGGUUACUUGGUGAUAGUGCCUAUCCCAAUAGAGCAUAUUUACUAACACCAGUUUUAAAUCCAAGUAAUAGCUCAGAACAAAAAUACAAUGAUGCUCAUAUUGCAACAAGGAAUCUAAUUGAACGUACUUUUGGUGUAUGGAAGCGUCGUUUCCCAGUUAUUUUUUUGCCUCUGCGCUUGUCACUUGCAAAUGUUCAAGCAGUUAUAAUAGCAACAGCAGUUCUACACAAUAUCUGUAGAAAAUACAACAUGCAAGAAAUGCCUUCAGAAGUAGAGUUGCCAGCAAGCCUAGUAACAGAUCCUUCUGUUGCAGACACUCAAUCUCAAGCUCUGGGAUUGCAAGAUAUUGUUGAAAGGAAUGAGCUUAUAAAUGGAUAUUUUUCGACUUUGUAAGAGGAAUUCAAUAUUAUUGAUGAAUUUUUAGUUUCUAAUGUAUAAAUAAAGUAAAUAGUAUAAAUUAUUUUAA